AUGGGUAAAGUUAUUUGGAGUCAAUGGGCCAGAUUGAUUGCUCUCACCGCCGGUGUGUUUGAAACUAUUGGUGGUAUAUUUGGUCUAUUCUAUCGCAUUUUUACGUUCGAACCUCUGUCAAAAGAUUUUACUCCAAUAUUUAAUCCUAUAAAUAUUAUCGCAAUACUUUGCAUUGUCUUUGGUUUUAUAAUUGUGGCCAUCGAAAUGCCCGUCUUCCCAUUCAAAGAUACUUUUGUAGCAACAUCUUUUAUCCCACGAAUCAUAUUAUAUCUCAUUAUCAGUGGAGUUUCAAUAUUAAAUUAUCAAAAUGUCAAUCCCGCUUUAUAUUUACUCAUCGCAACUAUUAUGUAUAUUGCAGCAGUGGCGGGUGGUGAAGGAAGAAACAGAAUUAAACAAGAUGAUUCAAGAAGAAAAUUGGUAGUAUGA